CACCACCAAGUCUCCGUCAAUAUGGCUCACACUUUCAACAUUAGCCCUGAGACCAGAGCAGGCACCCUUCACUUCCUCUACCGUCAGUUUUUUGUUCGUCCUCCACCAGUUUCACGUCAAACUGCGGACUUGACAGGGAAGACAGCCAUAAUUACAGGAUCCAACAGUGGACUAGGUCUCGAGACAGCGCGCCAGCUUAUAGAUCUAGGGGCCAAAGUUAUACUGGCUGUACGCGAUGAAUCAAAGGGCUCCGAAGCAUGUCUCCAACUUUCUGAAGGUCGAACUCUUUUACCUGGCAGUAUUACGGUUUGGAAACUGGACCUCUCGUCCUACGAUUCCAUCAUCGAAUUCGUAAGUCGCGCUCGGAAUUUGGAAUCCCUUGAUAUAGCUGUUCUCAAUGCUGGAGUUUACAACGUUCACGAGGCCUUCAGUUCAACCGGCUACGAAGAGGAUAUACAAAUCAACUAUCUAUCCAACAUUCUCCUCACAAUUCUUCUUCUACCAGUAAUCAAGAUCAAAAGUAUUGGACCAGGACCAGGACGCAUCAUCCUCGUCACAUCCGACGUUGCAGCAUGGUCAAAAUUCGAGGAACGAAAAUCAGAUCCCCUUCUACCUGUUUUCCAGAAGCCUGCUGCGAGCUGGAACAUGUCAGAGCGUUACGGAACUUCUAAACUUCUUGGACAGUUGUUCCUGACCGAGCUCGUUCGACAUAUUUCUCCGACUGAAGUUAUCGUCACCUGCACAAACCCUGGAUUCUGUCGUGGGUCGAAUCUGGGAAGGCAGGCUCAGGGAACAUUGUACUUUGCAUAUCAGAUCAUGACGGGUUUGAUUGGUCGUUCAUGUUCUGUGGGUGCUCGCACCAUUGUGCAUGCUGCUGCAGUCCUGCAAGAGGAGGUCCAUGGACAGUAUGUCGAAGAUGCCAAGAUUCAGCCGUUACCGCCCCUCGUUUACAGCAAAGAGGGUGAGAUCAUCAGGAAGCGAUUGUAUGAGGAGACACUCACUGCAUUAUCAUUUGCUGGUUUACGAGAUAUUCUUCAAAAUAAGCGCCUAGGAACAGACAUGACACAGAAAUCUAUGUAGCAGGUAUAUUUUAGGCAGUCAGCAAACGCAUGUAAAUGCCUCUAAAUUCACAUGUUUCAGAGAACAACAAAAUCC